AUGGGAUGGUCUUUGUACAAGGAAAGUUUAGAUGUAGAUGCAAUUAUGCUUUCAAGAAUAAAAGAUAUUGAUGGGAAGCCGAUAAAGUCGGCUAAAAGUAUAGAUAGAGAUAAACAAAAAAGGAAAUUGGAUGAUGAGGAGGAGGAGGGAGAGGAGGAGAAGAAGCAUCAGCUGAAUAAUAAACGAGUAAAGCCUAAUGAUGAUCAAGUUGAAGUUGAUGUUAAAUACAUUUUGCCUAAAACAGUAAACACUAUGCCUGCUCCCUUGCCCGAGAGGAAGAAACAUAUAGAGUAUAUAGCUAAGAUACUACUAAAAAACGACCCUAAGCUCAAAACGCCCAAAGCUAAAGCCAUCGAGAUUGAAUAUGAAAUAGCUAAAAAAACUACGUUUCGAACUUAUGCGUCAUCCUUGAGGAAUGAGGUUUAUAAGCUUCAACAUCCUGAGAAAUUCAAUAAAACUCAAGAAAUAAACGCAAGAAAUGAUGAACAGGAGUUGAAAAUUUUAAAGAAAAUGAUUAUUCCAGUGGCAAAAUUGGAAAAGUAUGGAUAUGUGAUGAAGAUUCCUCAGAGUAAAGCAAACAAAUCUCUUACGAGAGAAUGCCGACGUUGUGGAACUGAAUUUGAACUAGCAAAGCAAAUGGAACUGACUCUGUGCUUAUUCCAUCACGGCAAAUUGCGUCGUAAGGCGAAUACCAAAACUAGACAAUAUGAUUGUUGUCUCGCUCUACAAGACGAUAAUAGCAAACCAUGCGGCAUGGCAAACUUUCAUGUAUUCCAAGUAGACAAACCCGAGGAGAAACAAAGCUUAUUGAGCUAUCAGUAUACAACUGAGCUCUUUAAGCGCAAGCGUAAAUAUCCUGUUUUGGGUAUUGACUGUGAAAUGGGGUAUACUACAAAGGGAUUUGAAUUGAUGAGAAUCUCAGCAGUGGAUUAUUUUACCGAAAAAACAGUUUUGGAUACUUAUGUUCUACCCUACGGCGAGGUUGUUGAUUUCAAUACGAGAUUUUCUGGUAUAUCAGAGAUAAAUGGUGAAUUUGUUAGUUUUAAUCAACUGAUACAAGAAUUAGGAUCUAUUAUGGAUAAAGAUACGAUAUUGAUUGGACAUGGGUUGGAAAAUGAUAUGAAUGCUAUGAGACUAAUUCAUGAGAAUAUUAUUGAUACAUCUAUUUUGUACCCAAAAUUCGACACGAGUCCCACGUUUCGGUGGCUGUUGAAGGAUUUGGCAUUUAAGUAUUUGAGUAAGAAUAUUCAAGUUGGUGAGCACGAUAGUGCAGAGGAUUCUAUUGCUGCAAUCGAAAUAGUCAAGUUCCAUGUGAAAAGGACUCACUGA